AUGAGGCCUGGUUUUGAGCUCUGCCAGGCGUGGGACAACUUUGUGGCAUGGAUUUAUGCUAUCCGUCACGAGGGCAUGUCAGCCGAACUGACGCAAUUGGGCAGACGUUCGCGUUAUCAGCUUCGGGUGGCUCAGGCGGCGAAGGAAAACCCCGGCGUCAACAUCCAAACGCUUGCCAAUGCCAUCAGCGAUCCCAGAAAAGAAGAAGACCCUGUUUUUCAGGCGGUUCAGAAAGCGAAGACACAUCCUGCCCACCCCCCGAGCUAUGCACGAUGUGUUCGAUACGGCCGCACCGGGCAUUACAGCACAACUUGCUAUGUGCAGGUGAAAAAGACUCCGUUUAAGCCAAAAAACGAUUAUCGGCCCCGGAAGCAGUGA